AUGCCCCUCCAAAAAACUUGCAGACAAAUAACAGAACCUGAUGAAUUUAAGAAUAAGAUCCAUGAUAUUGUUCAAAAACAUGUAAAAUUAGCUGAUAAAAAUAAGUGGAUGGACAUCAAACUAAAUGAUCCAAAACUUAAAUUCGAGAUUCUACGAGAUUGUAUGUCUUUAACAAAUAGAAAUAUUCCAAACCUAGAACUUAAUUUUAUUGAAACGGUUGGUGAUGCUGUCAAGUUUUAUUUGGGUGAAGAGAAGAAAGACCCUCGAAUCGGCCACCCAGUGGCUACUUGGUUCGCGGAAAACGAAGAUAAAUUACCACCAAACAUGACUUUUAUUCCAUAUGUAAAAGAGAUUGGGGUAAAAAGGGAAGAUCGAAAAAAAAUGCAAAAAAAGUAA